AUGUUGUCUUUGUUUGUCAUAAUCAUUACACUCUGUUUGUCAAUUCCUUCGUCUGUUUCAACUGAUUUUGAUGCCUUGGUCACUCUCAAACAAGGCUUUGAUUCUAUUCCUUUUGCUUUAGACACAUGGAAUUCCUCUAAUCCUACUUCUGUUUGUUCAUGGGUUGGAAUCAAAUGCUCUCACAACAGAGUAAUUUCACUUGAUUUGUCAAACAUGAGAAUCCAUGGCUCUGUUUCACCUGUUAUUUCGUCUCUCGAGACUCUUACUGAGCUUUCCCUCGAUGGCAAUAACUUCACCGGGGAAAUAAAUCUUUCCAAUUUGACAUCUCUCCGGUUUCUAAACAUAUCGAAUAAUGCAUUCAGUGGUGGGUUGGAAUGGAAUUACGCAAACCUGCAAAAUUUGGAAGUCCUUGAUGCGUACAACAACAAUUUGUCGUUUCCACUGCCUACGGGAAUCACGAGCCUCAAGAAGCUCAAGUAUUUGGAUUUGGGUGGCAAUUUCUUCUAUGGCAAAAUCCCGGAGAGCUAUGGGAAAAUGGUUAGUUUGGAGUAUUUGUCACUCGCCGGAAAUGACCUCCAUGGGAAGAUUCCGGCGGAAUUGGGGAAUCUUACAAAUUUGAAAGAGAUUUACAUGGGUUAUUAUAAUGUGUUUGAAGGUGGGAUUCCGAAGGAAUUCGGGAAAUUAGUCAAUUUAGCUCACAUGGAUCUUUCUUCAUGUGAGCUAGAUGGACCAAUUCCACCGGAACUUGGGAAUUUGCUCUCCAUCGACACCAUUUUCCUGCACAUCAAUCUCCUUUCCGGCCCAAUUCCGAAGCAGCUCGGGAAUCUAACAAGCUUGGUGAAUCUUGACCUCUCUGCCAAUGCACUUUCCGGAGAAAUCCCAAAUGAGCUUGGAAAUCUCAAAAAUCUUAAGCUCUUGAAUCUAUUUAUGAACAGAUUACAUGGGUCGAUACCGGAUUUCGUCGCAGAUUAUCCAGACUUGCAGAAACUUGCUCUAUGGAGUAACAAUUUCACUGGUGUGAUCCCAGAGAAUCUUGGUCGGAAUCUGAAUCUUCAAGAGAUCGAUUUGUCUUCUAAUAAGCUCACUGAGGAUUUAGGUACUUGUUCAACACUUGUUAGAGUGAGAUUAGGGGAGAACUAUUUGAACGGUAGUAUCCCCGAUGGACUCAUUUACUUGCCGGAGUUAAAUCUACUGGAGUUGCAGAACAACUAUUUGUCCGGCAAUCUGUCAGAUAACCAGAAUCCUUCUUCAAGACCUGUUAAACUAAGCCAGCUAAAUUUAUCAUAUAAUCAACUCUUGGGCACCUUACCAUCUUCCCUUUCAAAUUUCUCUUCCCUCCAAAUCCUUUUACUCGCCGGAAACAAAUUCUCCGGUCCCAUUCCGGCGACAAUCGGCCAACUCCACCAGGUAUUGAAGCUUGACCUAAGUGGGAAUUCCCUUUCUGGUGCAAUCCCACCGGAUAUCGGAAACUGUGUUCAUCUCACUUACCUUGACUUGAGCCAAAACAAUCUUUCCGGCUCAAUUCCACUUGAAAUUUCAGAUAUCCGAAUUUUGAACUACUUGAACGUGUCGAGAAACUGCUUGAGUGAUUCCAUUCCGAAGUCCAUUGGAACCAUGAAAAGUCUCACCAUUGCCGACUUUUCGUUCAAUGAUCUCACCGGUAAACUACCCGAAUCCGGUCAAUUCACAUAUUUCAAUGCUUCUUCGUUUGCGGGCAACCCUCAACUUUGUGGCCGAUUGUUGAACAAUCCCUGCAAUGUUAGCGGAAUCAAAGAUUCCGCUAACAAAAAACCUGGAAGGUUCAAGCUUAUAUUCGCGCUUGGCCUUCUUAUCUGCUCCCUGGUUUUUGCAGUUGUCGCUAUGGUCAAAGCCAAGUCAUUUACAAAAUCGGGUACAAAUACUUGGAAAAUGACAUCCUUCCAAAAGCUCGAAUUUACGGUUUCUGACGUUCUUGAAUGCAUUAAAGACGGUAAUGUGAUUGGCCAAGGCGGGGCGGGAAUCGUCUACCAUGGUAAAAUGCCUAGUGGGACCGAAAUUGCAGUUAAAAAGCUAGUUGGUUUUGGAAACACGACCCAUGACCAUGGAUUUAGAGCAGAAAUCCGAACCCUAGGCAACAUUCGGCAUAGAAACAUUGUGAGACUAUUGGCAUUUUGCUCCAACAAAGACACAAACCUUCUUGUGUAUGAGUACAUGCGAAACGGGAGCUUAGGAGAGGCAAUACAUGCAAAAAGUAAAGGAGGGAGUUUAGGGUGGCGUUUAAGGUACAAAAUAUCGAUUGAAGCAGCUCGAGGACUCUGCUACCUUCAUCAUGAUUGUUCACCGUUGAUCGUGCAUCGAGAUGUGAAAUCGAAUAAUAUCUUGUUGAAUGCGAGCUAUGAAGCUCAUGUAGCUGAUUUCGGGCUCGCAAAGUAUUUAGUCGAUGGUGGUGCGUCUGAAUGCAUGUCUGCGAUUGCUGGUUCAUACGGUUACAUCGCUCCCGAAUAUGCUUACACUUUAAGAGUGGAUGAGAAAAGCGAUGUUUAUAGUUUUGGAGUUGUGCUGCUUGAACUGAUUACUGGGAAGCGACCUGUAGGAGGAUUUGGUGACGGUGUAGAUAUUGUACAAUGGGCUAAAACAUUAACCAGAUGUCGUAAAGAAGAAGUCGGUUGUAUCAUUGAUUCCAGACUGGCUAAUGUUCCUCAAGAUGAAGCGAUGCACUUGUUCUUUAUCGCUAUGUUAUGUAUUCAGGAAAACAGUGUUGAAAGACCGACAAUGAGAGAGGUUGUUCAAAUGCUCUCAGAAUUCCCACGAGACUCAACUCACACUCAAACAUCGUCAUCUUCAUUUGUUUAUCUUCAACCUAAUAAACUUGAUAAAGAUAAAACUUACCCAAAGGUUGGACAAGAUCUUUUGGUUUAGAAAUAUGGGUUUUGUUUGGAUUUUCCAAAAAUGGCUUUUGUUAAUAACAUGAAAUGUGCAAAAGGGUGUCAAAAUUUCGCUCAUGUGCUCCUUUAUGGAUUAGAGUAUAGAAAAUCAGGGGUAAAUUAGUAAAUGUAGUCGGUUAUUCACGGUGGCCUUUUGACUUUUGAGUAGGGUAGAUAUAAGAGAACCUUUGCAG